AUGGCGCUGGCACCGAGCUCGCCGCGUCUGCCAAGCCCCCCGCCGCCGGCCGAGAUCCAAAUCGGCCCCAAGAGUCCCUCUGGCGGCGCGGCGGCCAGCCCAGAGCCGACGGAGAUGGAGCAGACGGUCCUCGACGACCACUCGCGACGGCGCAUACACCCGGGCACAAAGGCUGCCGACAUGGCGGCUGGUCCUCCCCUGGUUCCUCUGAACGAGCUCGACUCCGCCUUUCAGCUUCAGGAGCACCUCGCCGCCCUGCACUAUCACCACACGGCGUUUGGCACCCAGGCUUUGACCCGCGCCGCGGCCCUUCAGCUCGCGCAGCCGCCGCCGGGUAUCGACCGGACGCUGUGGCUCUACGAGCUCUGCCGCUUCCUCAUCUCGCAGUGCAACUCCCUCAUUGUCGGCUUCCUCUUCGACACGCCUCCCUGCAGCGCCAACACGUGUCCCGAGAUGCGCGCCUCCGAGUGGCAGUUCCUCUGCGCCGUCCACGAGCAGCCCAAGAGCUGCUGCGCCAUCGACUAUUGCUGCCACACCCUCGACUGGGCGGCCAACGUCGUCUCGGACCAGAAGAUCUUCCCCAGCCGCUUCGUCGUCCUCAACGACCCCCAUAGCAAGAACGUCGGUGUCAAGAACCUAGUCAACGUCUUCCGGAGGUUACACCGCAUCUUCGCGCACGCCUGGUUCCAGCACCGCAGCGUCUUUUGGACGGUUGAAGGACAGACCGGGCUCUACGUCUUCUUCAAGACGGUGUGUGACCUGUACGACUUGUUGCCUGCCGAGAACUACAAACUGCCGCCUGAAGCCGAAGGACUAGACGGCCCUCAGCCGGAACCCGAAGUCGAGAAGCCACCGCCGUCUAUUCUGAAGCCGUCGCCUUCGCAGCAACGGCAAGGCGGCCCUGACGAUGAUGGUUUGCACCCCAGUAGCCGCACCAACACUCGAAGGCAUAUUAGGAGCAGCCCUUCAACAGGAAGCGCGGUGACGACGGUGAUGGAAUCUGACGAGGAAGAAACAGACUCCGUCUCUAGCAAGAUGCAGGACAUGCACAUCUCAGCGCCACACGGCGAAGACGAAGACUCCGAGGUGGCAGAGGUCCCAGUCAUUGUCGACCAUUCCGCAAUGGAACCGCCUUCGCGACGCAACACGUCCAUACAUGAGCCGACACAAGGACAAGCAAGCUCGGAGUCCGCCUCCGGCGCCGAUGCGACAGUUGUAGAAGUCGAGCCUGAACACGAUGAACCGCAGGUUGAGCCGUUGCAGCCGGAAAACACCGCCGACUCACCCGAGGAGAUGACGCCUGUGGAGGGCCCCUCCGUCAGCGAGGACACCAAAGCGGACGACAAGGCAGAGGCGGCACCAGUCGCGGAAGACCCCGAGCCGCCAACCGAGGCGGACGCCGAGCAGCCCAAGGAGACGCCGGCAGAGGCAAAGGAGGAUACUGAGCCUGCCGAAGGGAAACCCGUGGCUGAGGUCGAGCCGCAGCCAGACAAGUCGGAAGAGAUGCAGUAA